GGGGGGGGGAGAGAAGCGAUCGCGAGAAAAAAAAAAAAUGCAACCUCCCAAAAUAAAGAGCAAAGAUUGCAUUAGGAGCGAACAGCGCUGCAGAAAUAGAUGGCAGCUUCGUGUCAGUGAGUUUGCGUCCCCUUCCUGAUCCACAAGCCGGAGUGAUUCGAGCUGGAAGGGAAUUGUGACUCCCGUGAAGUCCCCUCUUCCUGGCAGUCAGCUGCAUUGUACACGCUGGAUACCCUCCAUCCACCCCACUCUCUCGCUCCUCUCGCACCUCGCGCCCUCGCUCCUGCAUUGAUUUUUUUUUUUUUUCCUUUUUAGUUGACUGAAACAAAACAAAACAAAAGGGUCACUGGAUGUCUGCCUUCUUGGGGGGUAAGCCAGACAGACUGACAGACAGACAGACUUCACUGUGCUCGGGGGAGGGCUUGUCGUCCCGCGUUGCCCGGCCGCAGCAGCAUGGACGUGUUGGCUAGUUAUAGUAUAUUCCAGGAGCUACAACUUGUCCACGACACCGGCUACUUCUCAGCGUUGCCGUCCCUGGAGGAGACCUGGCAGCAGACAUGCCUUGAGCUGGAGCGCUACCUGCAGACCGAGCCCCGGCGGAUCUCGGAGACCUUUGGCGAGGACCUGGACUGCUUCCUGCAUGCCUCUCCUGCGCCCUGCAUCGAGGAGAGUUUCCGGCGCCUGGACCCACUGCUGCUGCCCGUGGAGGCCAGUCUGUGUGACAAAAGCUCCGCCGUGGACAUCCUGCUGUCCCGCGACAAGCUGCUUUCAGAGACCUGCCUCAGCCUGCAGCCCACCAGCUCUGCCCUGGACAGCUACACGGCUGUCAACCAGGCCCAGCUCAACGCAGUGACCUCAUUAACACCCCCAUCGUCCCCAGAGCUCAGCCGCCACCUGGUCAAAACCUCACAGACCCUGUCGGCCGUGGACGGCACGGUGACUUUGAAACUGGUGGCCAAGAAGGCCGCACUCAGCUCAGUCAAGGUGGGGACAUCGGCGGCCGCAGCAGUGGCACCGGCCGGGGCGGCCAAGAGUGGACAGAGCGACAGCGAGCAAGGAGGGCUAGGGGCCGAGGCGUGCCCCGAAAACAAGAAGAGGGUGCACCGCUGUCAGUUUAACGGGUGCCGGAAAGUGUAUACAAAAAGUUCCCACUUAAAGGCCCACCAGAGGACUCACACAGGUGAGAAGCCUUACAAGUGCUCAUGGGAAGGAUGUGAGUGGCGUUUUGCACGGAGCGAUGAGCUCACGAGGCACUACAGGAAACACACAGGUGCAAAGCCCUUUAAAUGCAACCACUGCGACAGGUGUUUCUCCAGGUCUGACCACCUUGCCCUCCAUAUGAAGAGACAUAUCUAACAUCCCUGCGGGCCUGAGUUGCCAUGGCGUCGGCUGAUGUCCCAAGGAGAUGCCGGGUGGCAGGGGGCUGGACUUCCAGUGGGCGCUCGCUGCCUGGCAGAAGAAAGUUCUCACUUAGAAACCUCUUGUGUACACACACACCCACACACACCCUCUCACACGCAGACCCACACACACCCACACUGUCACGCACUCAACUGUAUUUAAAAUAUAUACGUCUAUUCCUUAUGCCUUGCCCUAGCCAGAUGAUAGAAGACCAAGGAGAAGGAAACCAGGUGGACUCAGCAAGGCAGACUGGCCGCUUCCUUCAGCGCUAUUGGAAUUACUUCCUGCUGCUGCCAAGGGAAAUCAAAGCAAACAGAUUCAACGUCUCUGCCGGUGGACGGCAGUGCGAGGGGCUUAUUUAACCCGCUUCUCCGUGCAACUUGAUAGGAGAGUCCGGCGUCUUAAAGUUGCUUCUGUGUAGCACUAAUGUUUCUUUUGAAAUAGUUGGGGGAAAAUGACCUAGAAAACCAAAUUGCAGUUUGGUAGCCAAAAUUAACUCUUGGUUUAUCUGUCCUUUGUGUGUGAAAAGUCCUCCUAUUCUGUGCGUCAGACUUCCUCACUGAACUGUUGAUUGGUUUUGGUUCUUCUUAGUACCAUUGAGAUCUUUCGAGUUGAUACCAACGGCCUUAGCGGCGGCAGACUCUGGAAUAACACGUUGUGUUACACCUUUCUGGCCUGCAUCUCUCUAGACUUCACUCUCCAGGGAGGAGUUCUCUUUACUUACUUUUUGACUCUUGCACACCAUAUGCACUAGGGAUUCCGGAAACUUCUAGCAUGACUGCAAAGUGGCCAAGAGAAUAAAGUCCUUGAUGAUCUAUCACAGUAUCUCCCUUGAGCCUCACCUUAUUGCCAGUGCUAGAUUUUUUCUUUUUAAUCUCUCUGUUUUUUGCUAAGGAAAACUUGAAAAGCUUAUUUGGAAGCUUAAAUGUUUUAUCUUUUCUCCAUGGACCUAACCUCUCCAGGACACUGUCGGCACCUGGAUGUCCAGCUCUCAAAGCAGCCGAUCAAACCGGACAUCACAGUUCUCUCAUCUUCCUUGAGGCGCGAUGACCUCAGCCCGUAGUGCUCGACCACUGUGCUGUGUGUCACUGCUACCCCCUAACCAGUUACAGCCUAGAUGUCACUAGUCUCAAAGGGCAGCUGCGUACUUAAUCUAACUCUGGGUCAUGACCUGACAAAAGCCAAAAAUACCACUCUCUCCAGGAGUGGGGGAACCUGAGGAUGCCUCCCAAGUCUAGUGGCUUCACAAAAACAUCACCCUGUCUUCCUCUCAUACUCACUGAGCCCACAUUACCCGGCUGGUUACAGUAUACCAUUCAGAACACCAUGGUGGGAAUCAAAGGUUGACCUUUAAGGGAAGGGUAGAGGUGUUUCUUUGGUGAUGUUUCUAGGUUUUCUUUUUUCAUCUUUUGGGGGGCGGGGGAGGGACAAACAGGCCCACCGUGACUUGUGACCGAGAGUACCCAGGAUCAACAGAACCCCACUUUUACUCUGCAAGCUGACUCCAAGAGAGUCCGCAGUUCUCAAUCACUCCCUCCUCCCAACACGCACACAUCUGACUUUGGUCUCUAUCUACCCACACUCUUAGCUAGCUGGCGCUGGCCUCAACUCCAAAGACUGCCUUUAGGACCAUCCAACGGCCUAUGCAAGCAAGCGGGGUGGUUAUUAGGACAGAUUGUAUAUUUUGUAUAUUCUGGGACCAUCCCUUCAAGACACGUCUCAAAAACAAACAUGGCAUUUGGUCCGCACAUGGUUGCUGCUCCUUCGUACCAGCUGGCUCCCCUCCUGUCCUCCUGUGAGUCUCUGACUCCUUGACUGUUAAAAUGUCACCCAUGUACACUUGGGAUGCAAAACUGAAGUCUUUAAAGGAAAUAAUAUAAGAAACAUAAACACAUAUAUGACAGCAACCUUCAAGAUCCUUGACAUUUUGGGUUUUCAACCUGCUGCAACUUUUGUUUUCACUGAAACGUUGGAACUGCUUGUCUGAGGGUAAAGGAACCUUGUCACAAAUGCUGUAGUUGCCAGUUGGACACCUGGGGUGUUUCAAGGUCUGGCCCUUAGAAUUUUCUUUUACUUUUUUAUUCCUUUUUUUCAAUUUUGACCAAAAAAAAAGAAAAAAGAAAAAAAAAAGAAAAAACAAAACUUUUUAAAAACACAUACACAAAACAACAACAAAAAACAACACCCUAAGCAUACACAAUGCGUACGCACACAAACACACAUACACACACGCACACACAUGCACACACAGAAAACUUGUCCAUUUGCCGGAGGCAAUUAUGUAUAUGUUAGUUAGAGGGUAUUAAAAAAAUCAGUUUUAUUCCAAAGAUUUAAAACUAGACAUGACUUAGAAACAAUUUCUGGAGCACUGCUUGCUGACAAUCUCAUAGUUCUCUACUGCAUUUGAGUGUGUGUUACAGCCAGUCCAUCGGGGCGUAGCAGGGGAUCAUGUUGGAAUGUGUGGUGCAUCCUUUUGGAUGAAGGAUGUGCGAGGGACCUUGAACCUCAGCUGUAUUAAACUAGCACCUCCGUCAGUGCACUAGACAAAACUUUAGACACCCACAUUUUGUUGGUUUGGUUCUUUUCCUUUCCGUAGCAGAGCUCCAGUGUCCAUGCACGCACACGCCAGUGGCAGCCGUAAGCCGUGGCUGCCACAAUUUAGAAAUGUUUUCUCCUGAGCUGGACCUGCACUUCCCUCUCAAAAUGCUAUUAAGGGUUUGUAAUACUUAAUUUAAUAUUCGAACUGACCAAUGCAAAGCUCUAUGAAAAAGAAAAUUUUGUGUUUUUUUUUUUAAAGAACGCAAAAGAGUAAUCGUUACUGUUUGCUCCCUGUCCUCAUCUGUGGUCUUAUUAGAAUGUGGCAGAUACAAGGUCCUUUGGUCCUCCUCAGUGUCUGAAAUGUUCGGUGACUUCUCUCCUCUUUUGUAUCAGUGAGGUCCUUUUUAAUCUGCUCCUGACCUUUCCCAGAGCAGGGUGCCUGAACCACGAUGAUGGUGCUUGCUUGCUUGCUUGAGUCUUUCCUUGACUGUGAGAAUUGGCCUGAGAAUUCAGUGGGUGCUAAGUGUGUGGCUUUGAAACUACUGUUCUCUAGCUCAGAUUGACACCUGUGAAUAAUAACCAGUCCAGACCGUGGGGUGAGGGUGGCCCCGCUCAUUCUGGAAAUGGAGUUUUGAUAAAUUGUCCGUCAUCUCUGACGUGCACAGGUUUUCCAAGGAUUAACCUGGGCACACUUGGCUCGGAGAGGACUGGUUAUUUUCAGCAGUGCUUGAGGGGACAUUUGAAACUCCUUUCUCAUGUAAAUCAUUACCUCCUAACAUUCCAGGGCAUACCCGGUUUGAAAGGAAAAAGCAGGCAGUCCCCUCCAGCACACUGUCCAGGGUUCAGAGUUGGGAGGGUAGAAAGUGUUUCCAAGCCACUGACGCUUUUCCUCAUUUCGAGCCGCGCUUCUCUCUCCUGCCACAUGGCUGCAAACCAGAGAUGUGGAAACCCGAGUUCCAAUGCUCUCCUAGCUACUGGCGUCCUGCCCCGCUGUCGGUUCACUGGCCCCGCUCUGGCUGGUGGUGAUGAGUAUCGCAUCCAGAAGAAAUGUUUGGAUUCCAUGACAAAGCUGCAUUUCGUAAAAAAAAUAUUGGAGACCCCAAAACGACCACCAUGCUGACCAUUGCCUUCUCCUCUCUCUGUGCUUUCCCUGCCAACGCCCCCUCUCGCAAUGCCAUCUUCUCCCACCCGCGCACCUCCUGUGCACUUCCAUCUUCGAUUGCCUGAUGAUAACAGGGUAAAAAGACAGCCAACCUCAUGCACGAUGAGCAGAACGGAUUCCUAGUUUUAAGAAAUCUUCUUUGAAGCCAGAGAAGAUUUGUUAAAGACUUUAGUUUGGUAUAAGGUUCCAGGUUAUCCGUGUCUAUUUUCAUCAAGGGGAAAAAAAUGGGGUUUUGGGGGUGGCUAUCCAGCACUUUCAGAAUGUUCUACCCACGGCCUUCACUCCUGCGUCCUUUGGGAAAGCCAAAAGAAAUAAACUCAAAUUGCAAGAACAACAAAACCCGGUGAUUAGUUUUGAUGGCUCGAAGUGAUUUCCUCUGUGGGAAUCACUUUCUAAAUUGUAAGAUACUGCAAGGCGGAAAGUGUUUCUGUCUUUUACUUGAGCCGUUUUUUUGGAGAAGGAAGAAAGUAGAGAAAUUCAGAAAGAAGCAAGCCAUUUGGAUUAUAAAAAUCAAGCUUCUUGUUUUCUUUCUUCCUUUUAAAAAUAUUUGUAGGAGGGCCGGCAUUUCUGGCCCCCCAUUUGCACCCCACACGCACAGCACGUGUGAAAAUGGAAACAGUCUGUGGAACCCGGGGGAAGCAGACUUGUGGGCGCUUUCUCUUCCGAUUGCUGGAAGUGGCAGGAGAAGGGGCCCGAGGGGAGGAUUGGAUUCUGAGUGUGGGAUGGAAUUUCGGUAAACAUGGUGAUUUCUCAGCUUGGAAACCAGAGGCCCUGGCCUGCGGGUCUGUCCUCGCUUUCCUGAUGGCCUGUUUUCCUCUUGAAGGAUCUUUGGAAAUACUUGAGAUGGGACAAUAGAAAUGUGUCAAAGGAGGCAAAGACCAUUUGUAAAGAAUGUGGUAUCUCCGGAGGGACCGCCUGAGGGUCCAGGGUUUUCUCUUGCUUUUAACACUCCCUUUAAAGUCGCUCCUCUUGGUUCCUAUCCCAGCUCCCAGGGAUGAGACCCAGACUGCAAUUCACUUCCGCGCGCGCAUUGCGUUCUUACAGUACAGUACUGUAUUCUUCAGGUGUUCUGCAUUUACAUCUAAGUCCUCGGGAAACAGGUCUCAAAAAUUAAGAGAGAAACCUUAGGCCAUCACUUCCUCAGUAUCCCAAACAAGAUACUCAUUCAAACAGGGCUUCCUCUCAGUGGUCACGGGGAAGGUUGAUACAGUCUUGGUUUGGGGACUGUUUGUACUCUUUUUUUUCAACUGUGAGCUUUGGAAUCUUAAAUUGCUUUGACUCCAGCUUCUGUCUACUGCCAUAUAAAGGACCCCACGUCAGAAUAAUAAGGGUGGUGUGUAUGCACACUCCCAGACACGUGUGCGUAUGUACCGAUUGUACCUUCGCAGAAGGAACCAGGCUACUGACGUUUCCGAGGAGUAGCCACCAGUGCCUAAUAUCUUUUUGGGGGGAUGGAUGCUUAUAAUUGCCAGUAUAUCAAAACCACGCUGGGAGUUAGUUCCACAUAGAGGGGAGGGGCCGUGGGUGGGGAGAGGGGACAUUUCAAUCCUAGGCCUUUAGACUGGAGGCAGAAGGAUUUCUGCACACCUAGAUCCUGAAGGCUUUGGGGCUCAUUGGCUGGUUCUCAACCAUUUACGUUGUAUCUUCCCAGCAUGCAUUGCCUGUCCAAACCCAGACUUAGUUUAGUUCCCUUAUUAUUUCACUUCUGCUUCAUUCCAGGGAGGAAAAAUACACCUGUUAUGGCCAAGAUCUCCUUGCUAACACAGAGGCAAAAAUAAAUGUUUAAAGUUCCGAAGCCCUCCCUUCCAUGCCACAGCCCAGCCCCCUCUCCCUCUCCCCGUCCCUCCCCACAGCCCCCCAGCCAGGACUUUCCUUUCUGGGCUCUAUUCUUAACCAUUGCUUGAAGACAUUUGUUUUGCACUAUACACUUCCCUUUUGCCAGAUGUGUCUAACAAGUGUGUUUGGGAAGACCUACUCCCAGCCCCUCCUCACUCCCCGCCACAUUCUCUCAGGCCUUCUCUGGUAUUUAUAUAUCACAGAAGUACCCAGUCGUAUAGCCCUCGGUUAUGCCUUUUUUUGACAUUUUAUUUUUUUUAAGCUUUUUAUAUAUAUAUAUAUAUAAAUAUAUUACUUUGUCAAGUUUUUUUGCUGUACAAAAGUCUUAAGAUUUAAAACUAUUAUUUGUAUUAUAUGAUGGUGGUAUGUUAAUGUUACAAAAUUAUUAAUGAAGAAAAAAUUUAUUUUUGUUACUGGUCUGUUUCAUAAUUCUUUUUUAAAUUGGUAUAUUGUAAGAUAUCUAUGCAAAAAAUGUUAUGUGACGCAUUUUUAUUUAAGAAUGUAAUAUGUGUAAUAAACAGUAGAAUGUG